CUAUUAACAAUUACGUCUCAAAGCUUCGAGUCAGUCUGUUCUUACUUAGUGGUUUUAUUUGUUGUAAGUGGUAUCAAUUGAAGAUAUUGUUCGAAAAUAUGGAAGAAAUAGCUGUAAAAGUAAUACCAAACCGUCCGAAGAAGAAACAACAAAAAAUUGAUUUCCGAUUCUUAAGUUCAGCAAUGGGAGGUUUUACUCUCAUAAUGCUGUUGGGAUUUACAGAAAUUCCGCUCGGCAUAGAAGAAAAAUUCCUGAAUUCUUCUCCAGUACUUAUGACUAAAGUGUUUGCAUCGUUUAUUUUUGGUUUCCUUACAGAGAUAAUAGGAAGGAAGUAUACCUUGAUUACAUUACAUUUUAUAUUGGUUUUUUCUUCUGGAAUAAUAGAAUUUUGCAUUUUACCACUUCUGGAUGUGGCAAAAUAUUCCAGAGAGAUUGCUUUGUGUGGAGCUUUGACUAUCUUACCGGUAUAUUUUGGGGAAAUAUCCGACAAAAAGUAUAGAGGAAUGUUAAUUGCAUUGGUAUACUCUUUUUAUGAACUAGGAUUUUAUUCAUUUCAAUGGUUGGCGAUAUUUUGCCCAAUUGUGACUACUAUGUCCAUUGCACGCUACGGAACAAUGAUAUUGAGUAUGGUAAUGAGUGUAAUUUUUGCUACAAAUGGACGUGAAACACUCACUUAUUACUUAUUACGUGAAAAAUUUGAUCUCUUGAAAUUAACUCUUGAAAAUCUGAAAAAUUUAAAUGUGAAUACAGAUCCGGAACUUGGUGAUUUAAUGAGGAAAAUGAAAAAAUCUGGUAAUGGCAACGAUAUAAUAAUGCUUCUUCCAAAAUCUAGAGAAUGGACCAAGGGGAUUUUGAUACUAUUGAGCUUGAUUCUUUUCAAUUUUUGCUCAGGAUCAUAUAUUAUUCUUAAUAUCAGCCAUGACUAUUAUUCACUACCAACGGAUCCAAUUAUUCCAAUUGGAAAGACAAUACUAGCCUUUUUAUGUCCCUUAUUGGUGGAUGGGAUUGGAAGAAUAAAAUGCUUAAUGUAUUCUUUCAGUUUAAUGCUACUGAAUCUUUCACUAAUAUCCAUUAUGACACUUUAUAAGAUUGACUAUUUUGAACCGAAUGCUGCAAUAAUGUUGGAGUGGUCUUUUUUAAUCGCAUGUAACACAGGAAUGGUUCCCUUACAAUUGGUAUUUCAAGGUGAAUUGUUUCCAAUGAAGAUGAAAAUGGUCUUAGCGGCUACUACUACAGCAAUCUUCUUUUUUUUGAAAUGCUUGUCGGUUGAUAUUGAAUAUAACCUAUUCAGUCUAACAAUGAGUGUCAUAAGUUGUGUUGUUGCUCUUAUUACUGUGAAAUUUUAUUAUAUCGAAACUCGGAGAAGAAGUUUGAAUGAAAUACAAUCUAUUCUUAACAAAAUUUGAAGAUGUUGUAAUCAGUUUUCCAUUUGAAAAUGUUUAUAUGGAAUAAAUUCAUAUUUGUUUUGUCGUUAAAAAUUAAUUUCAAAUAUAUUCAGUUGUCAAUAAA